ACACACACCGGACACACAUACAGUGUGCUGUACAAUCUGUUCGUGUCAUCAACUGGAACUGGAUCACGGAUCCACUUAAGUUCUCCUGGAUGAAUUUGGUCUCCGCCGAAAUGACUUUUCCCAAAUGUUGCUGCGUUUUGCAGCUCCUUUGGUGUCCUAAAGGGGGCACGGCUGAGCACGCAGAGUCUCCUGCGGCUCCUCUUCCUUAGAUCGUCAUUUUAAACAUCUGCGCUGAGACUCUCAUCUUCCUCCUCUUCCUCUGAUGGACAGCGUCUCCUGCGCUGGAUUUCUUGUUUUUGAUCUCCGUUACGUCAGUCUGUUGGCGCUUGGAGGUUUAUCAGCCGCUGAUUGGCUCAGAUUUUCCCCUGCGUGCUUCUCUGCGGUAAGGUGAGCAGGGAUGUCACAGUGUCCCGGAAUCAUGGACCUCGCCCGUCUCUACCAGACAGAGUUUGUGCGCAGUGCCAGGGCGGUGGGCGUGCUCUGGGCCGUGUGCACGCUCUGCUUAGCCAUUGUACAGGUGGUCAUUCUCCUGCAGCCGUCCUGGAUCGGAACUUCCGACACCCCAGUUCUCCAGGCAGCCCCCGUGCUGCCCAAAGGCACUAUAGGACUGUUUGAGGUGUGUAUGGAGACAGAGUGGCCAAUCCCAGACUGCCGAGGGGGUGUCUCAAGCCUGUCCCCUCUGCCGUGCUUCCAGUCUGUUGCAGUGCUGGUGGGGGUUUCUUUAUGGGCUGUGUGGACCAGCGUCCUCUGUCUCUGUCUCUUCAGGUUCUGCAGCGCUGUCACCGUCUACAAGAUUUGUGCCUGGCUGCAGCUGACGGCAGGUUUCUGCCUGGCGCUGGCCUGUCUUUUGUUUCCAGACUCGUGGGAGAGUCCAGAGAUGCGAGCUCUGUGUGGAGACUCGGUGGGAAGCUUCUCUCUUGGAAACUGCUCGGUCCACUGGACCUUCAUCUUGGCUGUGCUGGGAGUUCUGGAUUGUUCCAUCCUGGCCACCCUGGCUUUUGUUCUGGCUAACAGACAGGAUGCACUGCUGCCACCUAAUUCCCAUGAUGUGACCUCGGGUCUGCUGAUGACAGCCUGAGCUUCCUGGUGAGCUUUGUCCUUCUCCUGAUCCAUGGAGCAUCAUACUUUUAUCUCCUGACUUUUCCUCCAUUUUACUCCCUGGGCAUGUUGGUUUCUCUUCUCUUCUUACAUAAAGCAGGAAGCAGCUGCGGUUAACAGGAAAUACUUGACAAAUGAUGAAAUGUGUGGGAUCAGGACUUCUGAUGAGCAGCAUUCUGGUUUGAAGUGAUUCCUACGUCUGAAAGAGUUAUGACCAAUCAGAAUGUGGGCUCUGAUGUCAUGAGUCUAAUUUUGUCAGUUUGUUUUUGUACUUUUUGUUGGACUAUCAGAAGAGAGGCAGGAGACAACCCUGCAGAUCUGUACCCUGUAAGAACGAGCACUCAGGGAAAUGAAACCUUACACUGAUGCCACUUUAACCAGAUGGUUUUCUUGUUUUGAAUGUUGGAGCUCCCCCAGAUCCCUACACCUGUUUUGCCCAUCUUCUGCAGAUGAACUGGAUCAGGUGAUUCCAGGAUCUGACAAAUAGAACACACCUGAUCCAGGUAAUCAGCAGCAUCUUACAGCGGGGAUACAUGGGAUCAUAGAACUCAAUGUGCAAGAGCAGACCAUGGUUAGAGUGGCUUUGUUUUAUCGUUUUAGAUAUGGGUGCCAUCCAAAGGUGUAAGUUAAGUUCUGCAGAAAUAUGAAGAUCACAAAACUUGCUCAUGUGGCCUGAGUGAAUAUAAACAUCUCUGAGUUAUGGUCCAUUGCAGCUUAUUUCAUAGGAAAGAUCUAAAAUGUGUCUUUUCACAAAUGUUAUUGGACAGUGGUUUUAGUUACGUCAUUUUAAAAAGUGACAAGUUUGAAGAUAUGAAUCAUAGUGUGGUGUUUGUUCUAAUAAAAUGCUUCUAAACAUACA